AACCUGAUAAUUCGACAUUAUGACCAUCGUUUAUUCAUUUUUCCGUAAACCUAACCUAACCGAUCAAACUCGUGACUUUCUCGCGAAGUUGUCGGUGAGUCGAAACGUGAUCCCGAAACGGGCUUCGCUUCGAGGAAGGAGAAAGGAGAGGAAGGAUACGGGUGGUCGACGCGGGAACUAUGUUACGCGGUUUCGCUUUAAAAUGUCUGGAACCCGUUAGAGGAAAUUCCCUGUCAUGCACGGCAAUAUGGCGUAACAAACAGACGGUCGUAAUUCCUCAUCGUUAUUACGAAAGAUUUCGUCGAAGCGGUGACGGUCGGAAGAGGGAAUGGUUCGAGGAGAAAUCGGCUGCCAAUCAAGAGGAGUAUUUUAGGAAGAUAACGGCCAGACAAUUGAAGGAAAUACGCGAGCGUAGCAUCAAGAAGAAAGCCGAGUGUGAAGCCGAGUGUAAAGAGAAGUGUGACAAGAAAUGUAAAGAGGAGUGUAAAGAUCAGGAUGAUAAAGAGACCACGUCUACAGCAAAUCAUAAAAAAGCAAGCGAUGCGAUAAAGUGCAAUCCGAGUGACGACUCGGCAUGCAAUCCUGCGGAAGCAGGAUCAAACGAUGCUCCUAUCGAUAGUAGUUGAAUAACCUCGCCGAAGAAACCAGUGAUGAAUGGCUGGCCAGUCUCAUCGUGGGAAAUCCGUGAGAUAGGAGGAUCCUAUCAAUAGGGAAAAAACAUUGUAAACAUUAAUCUAUGCGACGAGAGAAUAAAUAGGGAAAUUUUUAACUUUUAUCUAUAUAAAAGAGAUUGAUGAAGCUUUGAUGAUAUAAUUAGAAGUAAAUAUUUCUUUGUAUGCAUGUCACUGUAAAUCUGCGACAAACGAUAGCAUUUUACGACUCACGUUAAUGGCAACCACCCUUAUGUUAUGCCCGUGUAGAUCGUGCCUGCGUUGAUACAAUCCGAGAAGAGGUCCUUGGAAUCCAUGACUCGAAUUCCACAUACCGAACAUCAUUGAUCUCAGAUAAUCCUCCUUUCCAAUUCGAUACACGUCUUGAAUUAUCUCGGUUCCCUGCGAAUCUCUUUGAGCCACCAUAAAAACACAAUCGAAAGGUAUGUAAAC